CUCCGAUGUCCCAUCACAAAUAAGGCGAGCAACUCUCGCAAGCUCAACUUGGCCUCCCUUCUCCCCCUUUCAACCCACAGCCCGCUCCCAUUGCCCUCGAUUCCCCCCAUUCACUUCCCUUCACCCUCCCAAUCAUGUCCGCUCGCAGCCUCUCCAAGGCCCUGCGGCCAAUGGCCCGCCAAUUGGCCUCGCCGGCCGUUCAGAGGCGGACUUUUGUUGCCGCCGCCAACAUGGUGAGGGCCUCGGCCGUUGCCAGGAAAGCUACUCCUGCCCGGCAGCAGAUUCGUGGCGUCAAGACCAUUGACUUUGCGGGCGCUCCCGAGCAGGUCUGGGAGCGUGCCGACUGGCCCAAGGAGAAGCUGCUGGAGUACUUCAAGGACGACACCCUCGCCCUCAUCGGCUACGGCUCCCAGGGACACGGCCAGGGCCUGAACCUUCGCGACAACGGCCUGAACGUCGUCAUCGGCGUGCGGAAGGAUGGCAAGUCGUGGAAGGAUGCCAUCCAGGACGGCUGGGUCCCGGGCAAGAACCUCUUCGAGGUCGACGAGGCCAUCUCGCGCGGUUCCAUCGUCAUGAACCUGCUCAGCGAUGCCGCCCAGAGCGAGACCUGGCCCCACAUCAAGCCCCAGAUCACCAAGGGCAAGACCCUCUACUUCUCGCACGGUUUCUCCCCAGUGUUCAAGGACCUUACCAAGGUCGAGGUGCCAUCGGACGUCGACGUCAUCCUGUGCGCGCCCAAGGGCUCCGGCCGCACCGUCCGCUCUCUGUUCCGUGAGGGCCGUGGCAUCAACUCGUCCUUCGCCGUGUACCAGGAUGUCACCGGCAAGGCCCAGGAGAAGGCCAUCGCGCUGGGCGUCGCCAUCGGCAGCGGCUACCUGUACAAGACCACCUUUGAGAAGGAGGUCUACUCGGACCUGUACGGUGAGCGUGGCUGCCUGAUGGGCGGUAUUCACGGCAUGUUCCUGGCCCAGUACGAGGUUCUGCGCGAGCGUGGCCACAGCCCCUCGGAGGCCUUCAACGAGACGGUUGAGGAGGCUACCCAGUCGCUGUACCCGCUCAUUGGCGCCAACGGCAUGGACUGGAUGUACGAGGCCUGCUCCACCACCGCCCGCCGUGGCGCCAUCGACUGGUCGCCCCGCUUCAAGGACGCCCUGAAGCCCGUCUUCAACCAGCUGUACGACUCGGUCAAGGACGGCUCCGAGACCAAGCGCUCGCUCGAGUACAACAGCCAGAAGGACUACCGCGACAAGUACGAGGCCGAGAUGGAGGAGAUCCGCAACCUGGAGAUCUGGAGGGCAGGCAAGGCCGUCCGCUCCCUCCGCCCUGAGAACCAGAAGUAAAAUGCUGUGUUGCUAUAUACAACGAGGGAUUGGGCGUGGAAAGCGUCGCACGGAUCGGUUGCGGUGUGGCGGGAUCUGGGCGUGAUAACAACCCGUGUUCUCGCUCAGUCAUCUUUUGGGUCGGGAUCCUGGGAAAAAGGCUUGGUCAAAAGUUCACGUCUCUUCUCGAAAAGUAAAGGGGCUGCUUUCUUUCGGUUCUGUCUAUCUCGGUCUGGUCUCAUAUCUCUUUUGCUUUUUCUUUGCAUAUCGAUACCUCGGCAAUAUUCAAAAUGGUUCCAUUCACUCCUCUCACGCUAUCUCGCUGGAGGUACAGGAUGAGUUGUAAAUCAAGGAUUAUGGAGCUGUCGAAUCACCUAGGCGCCGAGCGAGCUCCAGGAAACCAUCGCUAUCGAGCGGGAU